UAUACAGUUAUACUAGAUAUAAUAGAUAAAAACAAAUAUUAACGUCUUUUUUUGCGCCUUAUUCCCAUCCCUUUAACCUUUUCCUUGCUAUCUGUUCCCUAAUAAUUAAAACCAGGUCCAGUAUGCACCAAAGCCAUUUUCAAAGUUUGUUUAUCUGGUCCUAGUGAGCAGCUAAUCUUCUAGAGCUGAAGCCAAAGCACACUGUCACCCAAAAAUUCUCUAUAAGUUUUUUUUCCUUUUUUGGUGUCGUUCGUUUAACCAUUUUCCUACUGGGUAAAGUUUUCUGUCCAAGAGUUCUCUUGCAUUUCUCUGCCACUCAUAAGAAAUCAGUCCCUCGUCUCAAGGUAUCUACACACUUUUGAAGGUAAAUGACUCGUGCAUAAUGGAAAUGUUCAAGGUGAUAUUAAACCUAUGCCGUUAAUUCUCAAGUGCUACAAGGAAACUUUAUUGUGAGAUAGAUGCAUCAUUAAAUUUAAGGGGAGGAUUCUCUGAACAAGCGCCAUAGGAGAGCAGAGGGUACCAAUGAGGUGUGAUGAAACGGUUUCAUACAUAGCAGAGAGGUCAUUUCAUGUAAGGAGGAAAGAGAUAGGGAUUCCACGGUGAACAGCUGGGUUCCUCCAUGGUCUCCAUGUUCCUGUGACCAGCAUAGGGUCUAUGGGUUCCUCCUGGUAUUCAAAAACAGCAAGUGUAUGCCUGAUGGGAUGAGAGGAUCUGCCACCCAUGUUGCGCUUAGCUACAAUUUUACUGAAGCAAAGAGCAAGUGGAGUUACAGGUUGCACCCUGCCUUUUUUUCAGCAACAAUGGUGGCAGUUCAAAGAUGUAGAACAAAAACAUAAACACUGGGGUGAAGGCUUCAUCCAUCACUUCUCUGGUUCAGCUUCAAGCCCGAGUUUGUCAAUAUGGAGACGAAAGAAGGAAAUGGGAAAGGAGGGUUUGAACGUCGUGAAGGAGCUGAAGCGAUUACAAUCCAACACCAUCCGGCUCAAUCGAUUUAUGCACUCACAUGUCUCUCGCCUCCUCAAAACCGAUCUCCUCGCCGUCCUUGCUGAGCUGCAUCGCCAAGAUCAGGUUUUUCUUGCUAUGAAGAUAUACGAAGUGGUGCGGAAAGAAAUAUGGUAUCGUCCUGACAUGUUCCUUUACAGGGACAUGCUUAUGAUGCUUGCAAGGAACAAAAAGGUCGAUGAGGCAAAGAGAGUGUGGGAAGAUUUGAGGAGGGAAGAAGUACUAUUUGAUCAUCACACUUAUGGUGACAUCAUUAGGUCUUUCUUGGAUAGUGGAUUGCCUUCAGAAGGAAUGGAGUUAUAUGAUGAGAUGAGACGAUCUCCUGACCCUCCCAUUUCACUGCCUUAUCGGGUCAUACUGAAAGGGCUACUACCAUACCCUGAACUGAGAGAGAAGGUAAAAGAGGACUUCCUGGAAUUGUUCCCAGAUAUGAUUGUGUAUGAUCCACCCGAAGACCUGUUCGAUGACCAACAACUGAUUAAGAAUAGUGAAGAUGAUUAAAGAGGAGAGCCCCUUUGUACUGAAAGUCUGAAUGUACCCAACUACACAUUAGUUCUCGCAUGCCAAAAAAGGGAUGUGCCCAAGGCUCCUACCACUGCAGUGUCAGGGGAAGGUUGCAUGUGUGCAGUCUAACUUCCACAUUCACAGAGAGGCUGUUUCCCGAGUUCCCUCUCCUGCAAAUGGGUUUUUGUUAGCAGGUUCAGGCUGUUGGCUUGGUUUGGUGUUCAGGUACAGCUUUAGGUGUGUUGCUUAUGGGAGACCCUUUUUUUCACUGAGUAUCUUAAAUGUUGGCAUUUGUAAUCGCAGACAGUUGCAGUGUCCAGGAGCGUUGCUUAUACAUCUUGUCCAUGGUUUUAUAAAAGUGGAAUCAGGGAUUGAAUCAGUAAGGGCCGAUACCAAAAUCUGAAUCAGAUGGAAUCGGCUGGAAACCAAUCAGAAUCGGUGGAAAUUUGUUGGAAUUUGCAGGAUCAGUCGUAGCUGAUUCCAAUCUGUAUUGACGGAUCACUGAUGAAUCCUGAUUCUUGAAACCAUAAUCUUGUCUACCUUUAUUUUCUUGCCAAGGAAAUAUAAUUGCAGAUUACUCUUCUAUGAAGGAGAGAACUGAGGGCAACAUUUUUCAUUAUGGAUUUAUUUAUGGAUGAAAUUGAUUAUGAAUAUUUAUUAACGAGUUUGUUUAUUAAUUGUUACAA